ACCAAAUUAGAGCCCCCUAAACUGAGUAUCAUCUUAAGCAUAACCCUUACAUCAGCACUUGUUCCUGUCUCUUUCUGUCCCUCGCCUGGACGGCACACACAGACAUGUCUCAUCGUAAAUUCCACGCUCCGCGCCAUGGGCACAUGGGCUUCCUGCCCCACAAGCGCAGCAAGAAGCACAGAGGGAAGCCCCGCACAUGGCCCAAGGAUGACCCCAACCUGCCCGUCCACCUCACCGCCUUCCUUGGGUACAAGGCUGGCAUGACCCACAUCCUCAGGGAGAUGCAUCGCACUGGGCUAAAACAGUCCAAGAGAGAGGUGGUAGAGGCGGUCACCAUCAUUGAGACUCCGCCCAUCAUUGUAGUGGGCAUUGUGGGUUACAUCCAAACCAUCCGUGGUCCGCGCGCCUUCAAAACCAUCUUCGCUGAGCACAUGAGUGACGAGUGCAAGCGCAGAUACUACAAAAACUGGUUCAAGAGCAAGAAAAAGGCUUUCACCAAGUACAGCAAGAAGUGGCAAGACGAGACAGGGAAGAAGCAGCUGGAGAAGGACUUUGCUGCGAUGAAGAAAUACUGCUCAGCCAUCAGGGUCCUUGUGCACUCUCAGGUGCGCCUGCUGCCCAUCAAGCAGAAGAAGGCUCACGUCAUGGAGGUGCAGCUGAACGGAGGCACCGUCUCAGACAAGGUGGACUGGGCGAGGGAGCGCCUGGAGCAGGCCGUCCCUGUCGCCUCCGUGUUCUACCAGGACGAGAUGAUCGACGUCAUCGGGGUCACCAAAGGUCACGGCAUGAAAGGAGUGACCAGCCGCUGGCACGUCAAGAAGCUGCAAAGGAAGACCCAUAAAGGCCUGCGCAAGGUGGCGUGUAUUGGAGCCUGGCACCCUGCCCGUGUAGCCUACACCAUUGCCCGCGCCGGCCAGAAGGGCUACAACCAUCGCACUGAGCUCAACAAGAAGAUCUAUCGCAUUGGAAAAGGGUUCCACGUCCAGGAUGGGAAAGUGAUCCACAACAACGCCUCCACCAUCUUUGACACCAGCCAGAAGAGUAUCAACCCCUUGGGAGGCUUCCCUCAUUAUGGAGAAGUGAAAAACGACUUCUUGAUGAUGAAGGGCUGUGUUGUGGGACCCCAGAAACGUGUCCUUACGCUGAGAAAGUCAAUGCUGGUACACACAUCUCGCAAGUCUAAGGAGACCAUUGAGCUCAAGUUCAUUGACACAACUUCCAAGUUUGGUCACGGUUGCUUCCAGACUGCCCAGGAGAAGAGGGCCUUCAUGGGUCCCUUGAAGAAGGACCUGAUGAAGAUACCAGAACCAGUGUCGGAGGAGUCCUAGAUAGGUUGAUUUCUACCACUGAAAACACGUACAAAAACAUUAAAACAGUCUUACAACA